AUGUCGGCUCAUCAGGGCGGGCCGAGUGCCCCCGGCGGUCGUUUCGGCCAUGCCUCGAAGCCGUCGAACAGCGACACCGGUUUCUCUCAUGGCGCCUUUACUUCCAACAUUAGCGGUUUUGCCGAUAGACACCCUCGCCGUGGGAACAUUCCCACCAUCAACACCCAACCUAUCCAACAUCAUCACCAGGCGCCUACCAAUGGCGCCGACUUGACCACCCCUGGCACUGCGUUCGACAUGCAGUUCACUCCUCUUCUGCCCUCCCAGUUGCUCCUAGGUAGCCCGUUCCAGCCCGGGACCCCUGCGGCCUUCGCGAGCCCCCACUUCCAGAACGUGAACACUUUUCAGCAGGCCCAGCAGCAGAGCCUUCAGCAGCAGCAGCAGCAGAAUGGCCCGUCAAGCCCGGUCCAGCAGAAUAUCUCGCCCCAGAUGUAUCAGUCCAUUGUGUCCCCUUCGGCCUACGGCGCCCCCCAGUUUUACGCGCCCCAGUCUCCGACCGGCUCGUUCAACAACGUGGGAGGUCAGAUGCAGGUGCCCAUGCAGCCGACUUCGCCCGUGUCGAUGGGCCCUGGCAUGGUCACCGGCACCAGCCGCACCGUCUACCUUGGCAACAUCCCCCCUGACACAGCUGCAGAGGAGAUCCUGGGCCAUGUGCGCAGCGGUCAGAUUGAGUCGGUCCGCCUGCUCCCGGAUAAGAACUGCGCUUUUAUCUCGUUCCUGGACGCCAGCUCCGCCACCCAUUUCCACUCCGAUGCCAUCUUGAAAAAGCUCUGCAUCAAGGGGCAGGAUAUCAAGAUUGGCUGGGGUAAGCCUUCGCAGGUCCCGACCUCGGUUGCUCUUGCCGUCCAGCAGUCCGGCGCGUCUCGCAAUGUCUAUCUGGGGAACCUGCCCGAGGACAUCACCGACGAGGAGCUGCGGGAGGACUUGGGCAAGUUUGGUGCCAUUGACACGGUGAAGAUCGUGCGCGAGAAGAACAUCGCGUUUGUGCACUUCUUGUCCAUUGCCAACGCCAUCAAGGCCGUUUCCCAGCUUCCCCAGGAGCCCAAGUGGCAGGCCCCCCGUCGGGUUUACUACGGCAAGGACCGGUGUGCCUACGUUUCCAAGACGCAACAGCAGAACGCCGCUCAGUACCUUGGCAUCGCCCCUGGCUACGCCCACAUGCUGACCGGCGCCGACCGCGAUCUCAUCUCGAACGCUCUGGCUCAGCAGUCCGUGGCGGCUGCUGCUGUGGCUACCACGGCCGGUGGCAUUGGCAAUUUGGGCAACCGGACCAUUUACCUCGGCAACAUCCACCCCGAGACCACUAUCGAGGAGAUUUGCAACGUGGUUCGGGGCGGCCUACUGCACCACAUUCGGUACAUCCCCGACAAGCACAUCUGCUUUGUGACCUUCAUCGACCCCACAGCUGCCGCGUCGUUUUACGCGCUGAGCAACCUCCAAGGCCUGAUGAUUCACAACCGUCGCCUGAAGAUCGGCUGGGGCAAGCACUCCGGGGCUCUCCCGCCUGCGAUCGCCCUUGCCGUCAGCGGUGGUGCCUCGCGGAACGUGUACAUUGGUAAUCUCGAUGAGACCUGGACUGAGGAGCGGCUGAGACAGGACUUCUCCGAGUAUGGCGAAAUCGAGCUCGUCAACGCCCUGCGGGAGAAGAGCUGUGCGUUUGUCAACUUUACCAAUAUUGCAAACGCGAUCAAGGCCAUCGAGGCAGUCAGGGGUAAGGAUGAGUACAGGAAGUUCAAGGUGAACUUCGGUAAGGACCGCUGCGGUAACCCGCCCAGGCAGAUGCAGCAGCAGCAGCAGCCGUCGCCCCGUGGCGACCAAGUCCCUUCCCCGCCGGGCAACGGCUCUACACCGAACGGCAACUCGCCCACCAACUCCAACGGCGCCUCUUCUGCGGCCUUGUUCAACAACGCUGGCAACCCGCUGACCAUGUACCUGAACCACGUUUCCCAGCAGGCGCAGCAGCAGCAGCAACAGCAGCACCAUGUGCUCGCCGCACAGCAGGCCGCUCUCUUUGGCACCGCCUCGUCAUCGCCCAAUGAGCCCGGACUGGCCCUCGAGGUCCCGCAAGGCCCCAUCUCGGGCCACCAGCAGUCGGCCAGUAUCUCUAACGGCUACAUCACCAACCCGUCCGCGUCGGGCGCGCCCACCAUUGGCGGCCUGCUCGCGCCGGGUAACUCGCGCGCCUCCCACAACCGCGCCGUCAGCCUGCCGGUCUUUGCCCCGUUCGAGAACGGCGGCACCAGCCCCAACAGCCUGCACGGCAGCGUCGGCGGUGACGGCGGCGAGCAGCGCCGUGGCCACCAGUACCAGGCUAGCUUCGGCGGCAUGGGCAACGGCUAUGGCCUGGCGAUCCAGGGGAAUCUGAACGGCUGGGUCGAGGAGGAAGUUGCCAACUGA